AGAUCAAAAUCCCUGAAUUGGCCAAAAGAGGGCAUCAAAAGCGUAAUUUGGAAAUAAGUAAUAGAUAAAAAGUGGGUUGAGCAGGACAGUGAGCUACAGUAUGACAAUAAGAAAGUGUUUUACAUUUACUCUCAGUUUUAUUCAGCCAAGCAAGGUAUCAAGAUGUCUGCUGCACGCGCUGUUCUUUUGUUGAUAUUUGGAUUUACCAUGCUGAAGUUCAUCUGCUGUUACAGUGAUGGAAGUUUAUUGACCGACCAGUGUCAAAGUAUGGCUAUAGAUCAUGGAUCACAACCAUCAGUACAAGUUUCAAACCCUUUAACCAUCGUUCCAGAUAAUGUGACAGUGGACAGUUCAAAAGUGGGAACGAACUUUACAGUGACACUCUCUGCUUCUGUUCCAUUUAUGGGCUAUAUUUUGGAGGCUCGUGAGUGUGAUAAUUGCCCACCUGCUGGAAUUUUUAGUGGGCUUGACAGUACCAAGAGUGUGCUUAUCUGUAGUGGCCAGGCCGUGGCUCAACCUAAUAACAACCUUAAAACUUUAAUCCAAGUGAACUGGACGCCUAAUGCCAAUGGACAGUUUUUCUUCAGAUCUGCUUUCAUUCAAAGUUUCAGUACAUUUUGUCUAAAAAAAGCAAUCAUACUCCCGACGACAACAACACCAACCACUACAACAACCACCACAACAACUACAGCUACCACCACUACAACAACUAGACCUACAACAGCAACUGUAACAAGUAGUCCUGCAACAUGUACAAUAGCUGCAUUAAAAAAGUCAUCAUUACUGCUUCAGUGUGUGCAGUAUAUGAGAAGUUGUGUGGUACUGUUGUUAUUCAGCAGACUUUGUUUUCUUGGAGGCUCUUCUCUCCUCAUGAUCAUCAAACCAGUUUCAAAAAAGCCCACCCAGAUUGCAUCCAUCAUUGAAGUAGUAUUAAAAUUUGUUGCUACUGUCCUUGUACUAAUAAAAGCAGUUCAUUUCCUGUGUGAGAAUGCUGGUUUGCAGUUUUUGUUUGCUGCUUUGAUAGUGACUGCAAUGGUUACAGGCCUGAUACACACUAUCACCGUUUUUCUUCACUGUGGACCAAGGCAUGAAUUAAGAACAUGUUGGAUUUGUUCUCUCAUAAUAGUUGAUCUACUGAAUACACUCAUUACAUCCAUCUCAAUAUUUUAUGGGUUAUGGUGGUUUCAAGGGCGCUGGUUGCUAAUAGUAAUGGCAGUUUAUGUUAUUUUGGAGUUCAUCCUUUACCUUGGAGCAGCUGUUUUUGAAUGGAUAGGAAAGAGAAAGAGAGUUGAACAAAAUCGUCCUGUUCCAGACAACAGGCAGAUGGUAGGAAGCGAGGAGAUACAGGGACCAGACACGGAGACCACACAACAACCAGACAGGAGACCAGUAGGAAUCAGACUAAGAGAAAGGAUGCAGACACUGGAGAUUACAAGGAGAGCGAAAUCCCCAUGGUUGGUCACUUUUGUCAUUUUUUGUGUGUUUUAUAUAAUGUUUACAGUUGCACUUAUUGUUGGUGUGUGUUUGGUUUCAAGCGCGGUCUUCCUGUAGUGUAUUGAUCAUUUAGUUUGUACAAUAUAUAUAUUUAUAUGUAAUUUUAUAAGGACCAUUAAAAACUAUUUAUUGCACUAUUUCUUUUGUAUAAAUGUAUAUGUUAAACUUUGUGUAGAUGUGUAUAGUGCAAUUUUUGCGAUCUGAGUGGAGGAUACUAAAAAAAUCCAUUAUGAAAGAAAAACAACCUUAUAAAAAGCGAUGAUGUUUUUAAAUGUUGCUGUCCAAAGGUCUUAUAAUUUCUUAUCAUUGUCUUGGAUGCUGCACUAUCCACAGCAUAAUGAACAUCUUAACUCUUUCUGAAUUUUGAUUGUGAUUUAAAAUUGUCAUUAUUGUUAUUGUUUGCUAUGUUAUUGUUUAUGCACUUGAUGUUAAAUUGUUUUUAUGUUUGAUUACAGUGAGUAAAUUUGUCACUUUGAUGCAUUUU